ACAAAUCCAAAUCAAUUUCCUGUUCCAGGUUAACAGGUCACCCUGAUUGGUGCUAUACAUAGUGGCAAUUGUAUGAGGCACUUGUAGGGGGAGACGAUAAAGUAAGGUUUAAUAAGUGGAUGGUUUGGUGAGUUAUAGGGAGUGACUAGUAAACGGGAGUGGAAGCGUGAAUAAGAUCCCUUAAUCCAUAACUGUUAAAUGAAAUGGCUGAUAAUGUAGUAGACUGUGAACAGAGACGUACAACAAUGAACAAAGAACAGCACAAUGGAAGCUUUACUGAUCACUCUUUAUUGAUAGAAAAGAAGAAGAAGGAAAGAGAAGAGAGGCAAAACCUUGUAUUGUGGAGACGACCACUCAUUACCUUACAGUAUUUUUGCCUUGAAACUGUCAUAGACUUGAAAACAUGGACCAUUAAGAGCAUUGUUACAAUUGUGUUUUCUGCGCUACUUGUAUUGUGUUUGGAAGCCUGUUUGUGCUGUAAAAUGAAAAAAAAUUAUAUGUCGAACUCCACUUCGGACGACACCGGCGAGGUUACCAGCAAUCCAAUGGGAACAGGAUAUCCAGCGCCAGGAACUGAUACAGUCAGCGUACACUCUGGGGCUACAGACCUAGAUAGUAUUCAUGCUGACAUCCAUUCUCUUAAGGGAGAAGUAUUACAUCUUACAGCGUUAGUAUGCAGAUUAUCGGCAGACGUGCAUGCUAAUAUUCAGACUGUUAAGCAAUUCGUCAGUGAUACUAGACUUCAACCUCCAGGUAUUAGUUCUUCUACCAGUUCUAAUCAAAAUAUUAGAGGUACAGUUGGCACUAAAUUGAACACUUCCUUGAAGGCGCUGACUGCCUCCAAUCCGACUAAUGGUUUUUAUCACAGUGAAGUCAAUGGUGGGGAUAGUGAGGGUCAACAUUCAAAUGUCAGCCCCGAGAUACCUAAUGGACAAAGAUCACGACAAAACAGUAGAAUACAGGGGCUAGACAUUACUACACCUUUAUCUAGUAGUAAUAUUAACAUUUCAGAUUUUACUUUUGACUUUUCGUUGUAUGACAUGGACAUGGAAGCUAAAAGGAUGGGAAUUAGUAUUAAUGGGAAUAUUCAUUCCUAUCGUAAUUUUAACAUUUUUAACUAUUCUAAUAUUAGCAUAGAAAAAGUACAUUUUGAUUUAUUUGAGAAAGGCAUGAAGUAUAUACCUAAUCUUAAAUUUCAAUUAGCAGAGGUUUUGAUUGAUUUUAAGAAAUACAUCAGAAAAAUCAAUUUAGAUGUUUUCUUUAAAGAUAAGAAAACUAUAAAUAACCCCUGUGGAGACGAACAUGUAGGAUCUUCUCUGACUGUUAAAAGUAAUUUUACACCCAUCAAUCAUCCGACUAUUGACACGUUUGAUAAGGUGGUAACAAAGGAAAUAUAUUGUGAAUAUAAGAAUUUGAAAAGAGCAACGAACAUUGAGAAUUUGACACAAGAAGAAUCGUUUAAUCUGUUUCAGGGUCCACACAUAGCCUCGGUGACACUUGCUGCCUAUGAAUGUAACUCCGUGGAUUUCCCUGAACCACCAUAUCCAGAUGAAAUAAUCUGUCCAGAUGAAAUAGAGAGUGAGGCUACCAUUUCCUUGUGGACUAUUAUGUCAAAAGUGCGUUUGGAAGCCUGCAUGUGGGGUGCUGGUACUGCUGUAGGAGAGCUUCCUCCAUAUUUCAUGGCAAGAGCAGCUCGUCUUUCAGGUGCCGAACCAGAUGAUGAGGAGUAUGUAGAAUUUGAAGAAAUGCUAGAACAUGCAGAGACUGCUCAGGAUUUUGCAACACGAGCAAAACUGGCAGUUCAGAACCUGAUACAGAAAGUUGGUUUUUUUGGAAUUUUAGCUUGUGCUUCGAUUCCAAAUCCUCUCUUUGAUUUAGCUGGAAUAACAUGUGGACAUUUUCUUGUCCCUUUUUGGACCUUCUUUGGAGCCACUCUGAUUGGGAAAGCAGUUAUUAAAAUGCAUAUUCAGAAACUUUUUGUUAUAAUAACAUUCAGUAAGCACAUAGUGGAGCAGAUGGUCUCAUUGAUUGGUGCUAUUCCAAGUGUGGGUCCUUCCCUUCAGAAACCCUUCCAGGAAUACUUGGAGGCCCAGCGAGCAAAACUUCAUCACAGAACUGGGGAUGGUGCUGCAGUGGGUGAAAACUGGUUAUCGUGGGUAUUUGAAAAAGUAGUAAUCAUCAUGGUCUGCUAUUUUGUUCUGUCUAUUAUCAAUUCUAUGGCACAGAGUUAUAUGAAACGAAUACAGCAGCAGAGAUACUCUGAAGAGAAAACUAAGUGAUAUCUGCCUAGGAAUGUGGCCCACAAGUACCAGAUCAAAUACAUUCUUUAGUCUGGUAUAGUAUUCAAAAUGGAUCUUAAUUUAUGAUUAGUUACAAAUCAUACUGUUUAGAUUAUUUAACUAUUUUGUUCUUGAAGCAAUGAAGGGAUUUUUCUGGACAGAAGAAUGGAUACAUAUUGUGACAUGUGACCAGUCUACCUUAAAUCAUGCUGACCAAUUUGGGGGUGCACGAUAUUAGUACAAGUUACUUUACAUAGUCCUUACUUGUGUAAUGACUAUGAAGUAUUUUCAUGUGUUUUACAACUGGCCGUAUAUAUCUUUUAUACUGUCCUUUAAAGUUAUGCUUAUUAUAGACUGUGUGGAAACAGUAAGGGAGCAUAUUUUUAAUCCCUCUUCUACCACCUUUUACCUUUUUUCCCUCACUACAUGUGAGAUCAGUGCUAUACUUGUAUUAAGUCUGCAGAAAUUGUUAAACAUUUCUGAGUUUCAAGAUGUUCCUUCCCCAGUUUUCUUUUCAUUCUGAAGUAAAGCUGGUGACAUUCUCAUACUUUUGAGGUUCUCUCUUAUUUUUUCUCCCCAUCGUAUAUUAUUACUCUCAGUGCAUGUUAUCUAAUGGCUUGAUCACAAAAUGUGCAGAUUGUAUACUUGGAUCCUUGUAAUAAAGUAAUCCUCUUGGACUCAUCGUUCUGUACAAAAUAUUUUUCAAAAUCUUUUACUGGUAGUAACUUCAUCUUGUGUUUUAUACAGGAUUUCAUGUUGCAUUCCAUUCUGUAAAAUACUGUUUUGUUUUUUAUGCUAAAUAUUGCUAACCCCCAUUGUCUUUGUCAUCUUUUAUAAUUUUUGUGGCUGUAAAGCCAGGGUACGAUCCAUGUCUUAUUGUACAUAUUGCACUUGAUGCUGUUUUAUUCUGUACAUUCAGAGUAAAAGUUGUAAACAGACUUUAUAAAGCAAAUCUUUAACCAUUCUA